AUGGCACCCGCAGCUCUCGCAAAGCAGUCGCUCAAGCGCAAGCGCCAGCAGCAGGACGACGCCGCCGCAACCUCGACCUCGUCCACCUCCGCCGACCAGACCACCACCGCCGCAGCUGCUCCGCCCAAGCCCUACAAGCAGCGCGUGCUCGUCACCAGCUCGCGUGGCAUCUCGCAGCGUCAGCGCCACCUCAUGACCGACCUCCUGAGCAUCAUGCCCCACGCCAAGAAGGAGACCAAGCUUGAGGACAAGCACAACCUCCCCUCGCUCAACGAGCUGUGCUACCUCUCGUCGUGCAACAACGCCCUCUUCUUCGAGGCGCGCCGCCAGCACAACGACCUGUACCUGUGGGCCGCCAAAGCGCCCAACGGGCCCUCGGUCCGCUUCCACGUCCUCAACCUCCACACCAUGGACGAGAUGAAGAUGACGGGCAACUGCCUCAAGGGCUCGAGGCCCGUCGUCGUCUUUGACAAGCAGUUCGACGACGAGCCCCACCUCCAGCUCAUCAAGGAGGUCCUCACCCACACGUUCGCGGUCCCCAAGACGGCGCGCCGCGCCAAGCCCUUCAUCGACCAUGUCAUCAACUUCAGCAUCGUCGACGGCAAGAUCUGGUUCCGCAACUACCAGAUCCUCGACACGCCCUCGGCCGAUGCGCUCGCGCAGACGACCUCGUCGACCCAGGCCCUGACGGACGCCCAGGCGCGCAAGGUGGCGCAGAAGGAGGGCAUGCCGCACCUGUCGCUGUCCGAGGUCGGCCCGAGGUUCGUCCUCAACCCGGUCAAGAUCUUCGAGGGCAGCUUCAACGGCGCGUGCCUGUACGAGAACAAGGAGUUUAUCCCGUCGUCGCAGCGCUUCGCGAGCGCCAAGCUCGCGCGCGCCGUCAAGUACCGCGGCCGCAAGGACGCCCAGGCCGUGCGCCAAGUCCGCCUCGACGAGAUGAAGCCGGGCGAGCGGGACGACCCGCUCGAGAAGCGCAGGGUGUUUGCCUGAGCCGGCGUCCUGGGCGAGGGCGGGCGUGUCCUUUGUCGAGCAGCAGCUGUAAC